AUGGAUGUAUGUGAUUUUUUUGGUUAUCCCAAGGUGGCAAAAUGUGGUUUAUUCUAUUGUCCUAGUGAAAAGAAGGUAACUAUUAGCGUAAAGGCCAAGUUUCUUGAAGAGGGCUAUUUGAUGAACCAUGUUCCUAUAAGUGAACUCGUUUUACAAAAACUAAGCAAAGGAAUGGUAACUCAGUCUUCUGAAAAAUUAAACGAUCAAGUACAAACCCUGAAAGUCGAAGUUGAUAUACCAUUGCAUUUUAGUAGUGGAAAAAUGUCAAUAGACUUGAUGUCCCGCAAGAACAAGUGCCCGAAGUCAUACUUGCGUAGCCGUAGUGAGAAAGAAGUAAGAAUGCUAGUUCGUUAUAGACUAUUGGGAGAAUCAUACAAUAGGAUCCCUGAGGAGCCUAAUAAUGAACUUGUUAAUUACGACCAAGUACUACAAGAUAAAGAUGUUGAAAAGUGGGCUGUUAAGAAAUCAGAGAUAUGGUUUAUGUACUCUAAUCAAGUCUGGGAUCUUGUUGAACCACCUGAUGGGGUUGAACCCAUUGGAUUUAAAGAAUGGUUGUCCACGCACUUUGAUAUAAAAGAUUUGGGAGAAGCGGCUCAUAUCCUUGGGAUCAACCUCAUGCGAGAUCGCAAGAAAAAUAUAUUAGGCUUAUCUCAGUCUCUUUAUAUUGAUACAAUAUUCUCCAGGUUUAGCAUGCAAGAUUCUGAUAAAGGAUUUCUUCCUUUCAAGUAUGGAAUUGCUCUAUCUAACGGUCAAUCUCCUAAGACUGGUAAAGAGACAGAAAAUAUGAAGACGGUCCCUUAUGCAUUUGCUGUAGGGAGUCUAAUAUACGCCAUGUUAGGCACAAGGUGA